AUGAUUGCACCAUUAAGACGUGCAGCCUUAAGGCCCACCAUUCGCAUAUCUAGCAUAAGGUCUUUCGGUUAUUCCCAGAAUAGACCAUUCCUUAACCUUUUUGGGAAGAAGGACUUGAAGAAGAGAGAGGAAAUAAUAAAGAACCAAGAUGACUUCGAAUCCGAUCCUGAAAGUAAGAUUGUGAUAUUGAGCAAGGAGAACUCUCCAGAUUACAAGCCAUUUGAUGCAGAGACUGAUAUGCCUGAUUUCAAGGUCAACCAAUGGAAAUCUAUCAAAGUUCUGCAACCAGAAAUUGAAACCACAUACAACUCUGAAAAGUUGAUUGAGAACAUUAACCAGGCCUACUUGGAAUUAAAGGGACAACAGAUUAGUGUCUCCCAAUAUAAUAACAUUGAUUUGCAUGAUUUAUCUUUCAGAUUUGAGUUUGCAAAGGCUUUGCAAAAGAAACUCGGAUUUGACUUUAACGACUAUACCUUGACUACCUCUCACACUUUGAGCCAAUUGCAAAAAGCUUUGGACAAGCAAAUCAAGACUAGAUGGGUUAGCGAAAGAAAUCCUAACGGUAUUGUGUUGAGAAAGGAAGAUUUUAAAGCUCCUAACAUUUACUUGAGCGAGGAGCUCAAUGAGCAAGAACAACAACAAAAGUUGAAGGACCUCGUGGAAGAAGCCAGACAAGCUUCUGCUUGA